GUAAUAUAUUAAAAUAAAUAAAUAUUUUAAACUAUAAUAUAAUGUUAUAAUAUAUUUAUAUACAUAUUAUUUAGUAUAUAUUCUAUAAUCGACUAUCGAGUUCAGUAGUCACCACUCACCGGCUUUUGAUAAAUUAUUAACUUAGAACUUUCUACUAAUAAUAAAUAAUAACUAAUAAUUAGUCUCAUGUUUAUUAUUUCACUCACAAACCCCGGUGAUAAGUGAUUACUUUUAAUACUUUUCAAUAUUUCAAGUACAAACGUGUUCCGGUUCAAAAGUUGUAAAUAAUAAUGGAAACAUUCAUUUUGGAAGAUUUGAGAAAUUUAGGAAAAUCUAUUUCAGCUAAAGAAUUUAAAAAAGUAAUUAAUGGUGGACCAAAAUCCAUUAAGUAUACUCAAUUAGUUGAAUGGAUAACCAAGGAAAUUCAGAUAUUAUUGGGACUAGAAGAACAUGUAAAUUCUAUAAGCUCUGAAGCAGAUUCUAGUUCAUUUUUAUUGGAAGUUAGUAGCUUCUUAAAAGAAUCUGGUUGUUCUUAUAACACUCUUAUUGCAGGCAACUUUGAAGAUCGUUUAAAUUCAGAUGAAAACAAGUUACUUUUAUUAGAUUAUUUAAUUGGUGAAUUAAAAGCAUCUCGAAUAAUAAAUGCUAGCACCACAAAAUGUAAUAUGCAAGUGACAUUAAUUGAAAGCAGUACAUCUAAAUAUGUUAAAGAGAUUUUAAUGACAUUAAAAUGUCCUAAGCCACCGCAAGAUAUUAGCACGUCUUCUUUAUUUAACAAAAUUAAUACAAAAUUGCAAGAUCUUCUAAAAACUGUUCCAUCUGCAUUAAUUGGAAAGUCAUUAGUUAGUAAUUCAUAUAGUAGUGAACAAUGGAAAUAUAUUAAUAAUAGUAUAGAACUUCUUAAUGAAGAGUUUAACAUACGAAGUUCAAUGUUGUUAACAAGACUUGAUGUAACAGUACAAUCAUUUAAAUGGCCCGACAGACUAAAAAAUAAAAAACAAAAAUUGGAUGAAAUUUACCAAACUAGAUUAAAUAUAAUAAAUAAAUUACCUAAUUUUUGUGUAUCUGAUUUUCUGUCGGCUAGAGAUGAUUUGGCAAUUGUUGAAAAAACUUCUAGUACAUUAGCUGUUCAAAAUACAAAUUCAUCUGUUAACAAAGUUAUGAUUGGUCAGGUGCCUGAUAGAGGUGGAAGACCAAAUGAGCAACAAGCACCACCUCCUGAGAUGCCUAGUUGGCAGCAAAGAACACAGUCACAAGGUGGUAGAGGUAGUCAAUCAAAUAGAGGUGUACAGUUCAACAAUAGAGGAGGUCGAGGUGGAGGUCCACAAACUAGAGAUAAUCCAUCAUAUAGAAACUCUAAUACUGGUGGUUUUCAAGGUGGAUCUAAUGUUUACCAGAUGACUGAUGGAUUUCAGUCAAUCAGUGUUGGCAAUGAAAACAGAAAUUUCCAUCAAAAUAAUAGACGAGGACGAGUGCAAGGUGGUUGGAACAAUAAUCAGUCUAGGGAUUUCCACAGUGGGAAUUUUCAUGAUGGGCAGAAUAGGGCGUACGAUAAUUAUAGUCAAGGAGCCCAUCAAAAUACCGGAUAUGAUAAUAAUAGAUAUCAAGGUACAUCGAAUGAAAGACAAUGGAGUCAAGAACCUCAGAAUCAUUAUGGAAAUAGUCAAGAUCAGUAUGAUGGCAAUAAUAGACAGUAUAACGACACGAAUAAACGUGGUUACUCCAAAAGAGGUAGAGGUCAUAAUGGACAAACAUAUUACAAUCAACAAAGAAAUUAUUGAAUUGAUUGAUUAACAUUUAUUACUAAGUAAUUUAUAUUAUUACAAACUUACCCUAUUGUUUUUAACAAAACUAAACUAUUAAUUCAAAGUUUGUAUAAGAUUUUGUAUAUUUGUACAAUCAAAACAUGAGUUUCCUUGAA